AUGACCAUGGAAAGGCGGCACGGCUUCUUCGCGGCCCUGCGGGAGGAGGUGGCGCGCGGGCUGUCGCCGGCGCGGGCGCGCCGCAAGUCGGAGGCCGCGGACCUGGCCGCCGCCGCGCUCAGGUUCGCCGGAGUGGUCGGCGGCGGCGAGAUGCUGGCGCCGCUCAUGGAGGGGCCCGAUCCGGAGCCCAGCGACGGGGACAGCGGCGGUUGCCGAGGCGCCGCGCGCGGGAGGAAGGAAGGCUGGGGCCACUGGGUGCGCGGCCAAUUCGCGCGGGCCCCGUCCUCCGCCGUCGCCGGCGCGCUGCGCAACGACCUCAGGAUGCUCCUCGGCGUCCUGGGAGCGCCGCUCGCGCCGGUCCACGUCUGCGCCUCCGAGCCGCUCCCGCACCUCAGCGUCAAGGACACUCCCAUCGAGACCUCAUCGGCGCAGUACAUCCUGCAGCAAUACCUUGCGGCCUCCGGAGGGCACAAGCUUUUGGCCUCCCUGCGCAACUCCUACGCCAUGGGCAAGGUGCGCAUGGUGGCCACUGAGUUCGAGACCGCCGGCCGCCUCACCAAGAACCGCAAUGCUGGACGCGGCGGCGAGCCUGGCCGCUUCGUGCUGUGGCAGAUGGCCCCUGAGAUGUGGUACAUCGAGCUGGUUGUCGGUGGGAGCAAGGUGCACGCAGGGUGCAAUGGCAAGCUCGUGUGGCGCCACACACCAUGGCUUGGUGCCCAUUCUGCCAAGGGCCCUGUUCGCCCGCUUCGCCGUUCCCUUCAGGGCUUGGAUCCAUUGAUGACGGCAAGCAUGUUUGCUCGUGCGCGGUGCAUUGGUGAGAGGAAGGUGAAUGGGGAGGAUUGCUUCAUCCUGAAGCUGAGCACAGACACUGAGACCCUCAAGGCACGCAGCGAGGGCCAUGCAGAGAUUAUCAGGCAUGUCACGUUUGGGUACUUCAGCCAGAGGACUGGUCUUCUUGUCCACAUUGAGGAUUCACAUCUGACCCGAAUUCAGUCAGCCGCCGGAGGGGACGCGGUCUACUGGGAGACUACCAUCAGCUCGUUCAUGGAGGACUACCGUCCAGUGGAUGGUAUAAUGAUCGCGCAUUCUGGGCGCUCAGCUGUGACCCUGUUCAGGUUUGGUGAGGUAGCCAUGAGCCACACCAAGACUCGGAUGGAGGAGGUGUGGAGCAUUGAAGAGGUUGCAUUCAACGUUCCUGGGCUGUCCAUGGACUGCUUCAUCCCGCCCACUGAUAUCAAGUCUGGAUCUGUUGGUGAGACCAUGGAGCUUACUCAUGGCGAGAGGAGCCGGGCCGGUCCUCCCCCAGGCUACCGGGCUAAAGUUGCUGCGCUGGAGAAAGCAGAAGAAGAUAAAGGUGGCAUGGGGCGGUGGAACCAUACCCGAGAGUCACAACUGAUCUGCAGUCUGUUCAUACUUGGUUCUCACAGUGCAGCUGCUGACCCUGUUGAAUCUAGUGUAGGAGAGAAACAAGUAAAACUGAGAGGAUUUGGAGGUUUGGUAAAUCCAAAUGACUCCUCUGUAUAG